AUUUUCAUCUGAAAAGAGGCAAGAUGGCGACAGGUGGCAGAGCAGAGGAAGAUCUGCAGCGGGGCCGCCUGCAGAUGCUGCUCCCCACGCAGCCUAUGGCCCAGGCUGAGGAAGCCCAGGGCACAGGAGAGAAGAUGGGCUGGGCGCAGGUAGUAAAGAACCUGGCGGAGAAGAAGCACGACUUUCGCGAGCAGUGGCAGGGAGAAGGAAGGGGCAGAGGUGCGGGUGUCAGGCUGGGCAGCCCCGCAGGCCUGGCCGCUCCGAACCCAGGCAACUUCCCACCUGCCGGCCGCGGGGACCCGAGGGUCUACAGAAGAGACCCUGCGGGCUACGCGGCAGAAGCUUGCAGGAUGCAGGGAGCCGGAGACGCGAAUCAGAGGAGGAUGGCCCAGGUGGCGGCGGCAGCGGCGGCGGCCAUGGCGUCCCCCUCCCCCGCCAGGCCUGGUGAGAUCCAAGACGCAACUGCAGGGCGACCACUGCAGGAUGAGCCUCCAGCCGCCAGGCCGGGUAAGGGCCGCUUCCUUGUGCGCAUCUGUUUCCAGGGAGACCAUAGUGCCUGUCCGACCCGGGAUUUCGUGGUGGGAGCCCUCAUCCUGCGCUCCAUCGGCAUGGAUCCUGGGGACAUCUGUGCUGUUAUCCAGAUCCCUGGCAGCCGCGAGUUUGAUGUGAGCUUCAGAUCCGCAGAGAAGCUUGCCCUGUUUCUCCGCAUCUAUGAGGAAAAGCGGGAGCUGGACGACUGCUGGGAGAACUUUGUCGUGCUGGGGCGGAGCAAGCCCAGCUUGAAGACCCUCUUCAUCCUCUUCCAGAAUGAGACCGUGAAUGUGGAGGAUAUCGUGACCUGGCUCAAGCGCCACUGCGACGUGCUGGCCUUGCCAAUGAAAGUGACUGACAGGUUUGGGAUUUGGACUGGGGAGUACAAGUGCCAGAUUGAGCUGCGCCAGGGGGAGGGCGGAUUGAGGCACCUGCCUGGGGCCUUUUUGAUGGGAACAGAGAGGGGCUACAGUUGGUACAAGGGGCAGCCCAAGACGUGCUUCAAAUGUGGUUCUCCGAACCACACGACUGGCACCUGCACGCAGGACAGGUGUUUCAGGUGUGGAGAAGAGGGGCACCUGACCCCUUACUGCCGCAAGUUCAUCAUGUGCAACCUCUGUGGCAAGGGAGGACACAUGUAUGCUCAGUGUCCCAAAGCAGUUCACAAUGCCGUGGGAGAUCAUCUCACUGGCAUGGCGGGGUACUGAAUGUACUUCUGCUUACCUGGGUGAACGCAUAGCCAGCUUACCCUUCUUAAGUGCCAAAACGUGUUGUAUUUUUUUUUGUUUGUUUUUUUGUUUUUGUUGUUGUUGUUGCUGUUUCUUUUUGCUUUUUUAAGACCUUUUUUUUUUCUCUUUUUGGAAGUAGAUAUUUCUAAAACUUAACAGAGACAUCUCUCUAUGCCUUUUAAAACCACGCGUGCUCCUUUUCAGCCUGUUUGAAAAGCACUGUUCAGAACUGUAGCUUGCAAAUGUUGCCUGCCCCCUCUCCGCUUUUUUGCCCGUUUUACAUUGGUUUUGGUACUUUCAACACCCUGUCUGCCUCUGUAUUUUUACUACCUCCUGCUUCAUCCAUGUCUCAUUAGGAGAUUUUUGCCCUUUGGACUGCCUUGCUCAUUUUUAUGCCUCAGCCCUGUAUACAGGGCCCAAUGCGGGAUAGGCAUUCAACUAAGUGUUUAUUGAAUUGAAACUGUUGUCGACUAGCUCUGUCCAGAGCCUGCCUUGUACAGCUCUCUGCUGGGCUCUUUUCAUUUGCUGCUUCUAUGUGAUAUGAAAAUUUGUGAAAACAGUGUUGCUGGAAAUGUGUAAUCCAAAUAAGCUCUGAAAACGUGGCCGAGGGCCUCUUGUAACAUAAAAACCUAACGACUUUGUGACAGUUCCUUGUGGCUCAGAAGCCAUAUUUCUGUAGGAGUGUGGAGCCCAGGCAGUUCCGCUGGGAAAGACCAAAGAGGUGGUUUUUGUUGGAUUUUCUUUGUGGGGGCUUGCUUUUGUUUUGUGUAUUGAUUUGAGACAGGGUCUCACUGUGUAGCCCUGUCUGGUUUGGAACUGACUGCAUUCCUGGACCAGGAUGGCUUCAAACUGACAUUGAUCCUCUCACUUCUGUCUCCCUGAAGGAUGUUUUAAAUUAACCCCUUGGUUUUCCAGCAGAUGAAAUGAAUCCGAAGUUAAAUGACUGGGUUAAAGUACACAGCGGUGUGGUGCUUCAGACUGUCCACAGUAGAGUCCACUGCCCCCUUGCCUGGUGCUCAUCCCACUACCUCUCACACUUCACAACAGUCUCCUUGACAAUGGUGGGCCAAGGAAGUCUCUCCAGGGGUGUGGUCCCUGCAUGAAGCUGAGACACCAGCCCCUGAAAGAGCAGAAAGAGAAGCUUGUCUUGCCACUUCAUAGUAAGGGACCUAGGGAAAGUACCAGCGAACUCAUUGCAGGCUGCAUGCAUGCAUCAGUCCUUGGAGUGAGUGCCACAUCUUCAAUGUUCCACUGUCACUGUCAGCAUUGAGAAAUGGUUCCCCUUGGGAAAGAAACUUGCCAGACUUUUACAUUUGCACCUCUGCCUCAUCUACUAGGAACCCCAGAGAAGUUAGAGAGAGAGAUCAUCUGAUCUUGGACCUUGGACCUCUGAUGCUCAGAAGAAAGGUGGUUUUAACCCAGAAGCAUGAGUGAUCUAUAAACUGGAAAACAUUCUUGGGGAAACAGGCCAAGAGAGAGGGCCUGAGUCAACUAAGUUUUAUCAAGUUAAAGUGAAAGACAGUAAGCUGCUUUUUUCAGUUUUUGUCUUCUCUUUGCAGUUUUGCUAUUUUCUUGUGGCUUAGAAUGUAAAACAGAUGUUCAGAUUUGUUCUCAAUAAAUAUUUGUCGUUUUUGCCCAGGAAAAAUUUUGAGUUGUGUGGAUUUAUCAGGUGACCAUAGACAUGACAUUUUAAAUACAUAGCGGUUUCUGCAGGUGUGGAAUUUUGUAAAAGGGCUGUAUAAUGAUGUCAUUUUUUGAGAGUUACAACUGAAGUUACUGUGAGUAUAUGGAUAGAUAUAUACUGAAAACUGUUUGAAAUGACAUGCCUUCAAAGAUGGUGCCAAAGAAGGACUGCCUCUGGGUUCAAUAUUUCUGAUUCUAAUGUAUCAGGCUAAAUGAAUACAUUGGGAAUUAUUUUGCCUCAUUUAAAUGAUAUAUUUUUCUUUAAUCAAAACAAUUGAAAUAUUCAGUGAUAUCUAUAGGAAGCAAAGAUAUAAUACACUAAGAUAUGCUAAGUCUUGACAAGGUUUUACAUUUGAAAUUGAUGGUACAAUCAUCAAGUCUGCCAUUAUGUCUUUCAUUGUGUUUGCUGUUAUUUCAAAAUGAACACUGCAUGAUGAUGGUGAGUAAAAUUAUAGCUAUAUUAAUGAUUCAGGGGACUGACUCUAAGAACAAAACAAUGUAAAAAUUAGUUUAAAAAUCAGAUUAUCAAGAAGAACAAUGACAGGAUGUAAUUUAAUCGAAUUUUGAAGUUUUAUUUAGAGGAGACUCCCCAGCAUUGAUCAUUUUAUAAUGAGUUGUGAUUAAAAAAACAAAAAAACAGAGACACUUGAUUUAUGCUUAGGUUUUAUUUAAGGAUUCUGAAAUCAGUUGUUGAAACUGAGCGAAUACAAGCACUGAUUCAUAGAUAUAAAAGAUGCCCAGUGGGUACUUAUAUUAGGGAACAUCUGAGUGUUUUGACAAAUAUCCAAUUUGGUACAUUUUGCUUAUUUGCUUCUAAUAAGCAAAGCCUAGUAGAAGAGUCUAUCAGCAAUCUGGCUGCUUAGAAAGAUGAUUUCCUGGGUUCUAAUUCCAGAAUAUAUAUAUAUUCCUGAAAAGUCAGGCAUACAGGAACCACCAUCCAAUCAAAGGACAUGAGGCAUAUGUCAUGUGAGUAAUAUCAUGGAGUUUUCCUGGCCAGCUUGUUUGACAUAUUUGGCAAAUUCUCCCCUUGUGUGAAACAAAAUGUCAAACUAACAUUGCUAAAAUUCCUGUGCAUGAAACUGGUAUUUAAUGGAAUUUUUUUUACCACCCUUGUAUCAGGUGAGUGUGCCUAGAAAAUUGUUUCAUUAUGAAGCAAACCAAUGUUCUACUCCAUGCUGAAAAAGGAUCAUUAAACAAAUAUUGUCAGAGUGGCUUAUACUAUUUAAUGUGCUGAUGAAGAGGGAAAGCAGAAUUUAGAAUGUAUAGCUUUAAGAGUCUGUCCAUGUUCUCAUUGAUGGCCACCCAGAAAAAUCAACACAGUGGCUUUCUAUAAACUCAGAUGUCACACAAAAGAUAGUAAUUGUAUGAACUAAGGACAGAAUCCUGAUAAUGAUUUUAAAACAGAUUUCCACUAGGGGAAAGGCAAAGAAUUUUUGAAUAUCUUCAAAAUAUCUAUUUGUAAAUGAAUAAUGAGCUAAGUAUUUUGUGAAUAUUUAUGGAACUUUGAAUCAAAAAUAAAUGCCAUAUGCAUGCAGACAUAUGUGGAACCACACAUAAAUGCACACAUUCAAAUAAGAAAUUGUAAAAAAAUAUAUAAGGAUUAUCAAUAUUACACUAUAAUUCAAAAACCUCAAAAUAUUAUAUAAUCAUUAGGACACAGUAAGAUAGCAUAUCCAAACUGCUUAUGGUCAGAAUAUGGCUAAAUGAAACAUUGCUAUUUACAAAAGUAG